AAGAAAUCGAUUGGUAGACGCAGUGCUGGAAAACGCUUUUCACAUACAAAGGCUUCAAGUUUCAAUUAAAAUUAAAUAAAGAUUGUGAAAAAUGUCCUACGGUCAAGGCUACAAUCCCUACAAUCAAGGCUAUGCUGCACCGCCAGGCGCCUUUCCACCCCAAAACUCGCAGGUCUCCUCACAGGCACAGCAGUGGUUCGCUAUGGUGGAUCGGGAUCGAUCUGGAAAGAUCAACGCUUCCGAACUGCAGGCGGCGCUGGUAAAUGGGCGUGGCGAUCACUUCUCGGAUAACGCAUGCAAGCUAAUGAUUAGCAUGUUCGACAACGACGCUAGCGGAACCAUCGAUGUUUACGAGUUUGAAAAGCUUUACAACUACAUUAAUCAAUGGCUGCAGGUCUUCAAGACCUACGACCAGGACUCCUCUGGCCAUAUCGAGGAGAGCGAGCUGACUCAGGCCUUCACUCAGAUGGGCUUUCGGUUUUCGCCGGAAUUCAUCAACUUUCUGGUGAAGAAGAGCGAUCCACAGACCCACAAGGAGGUUUCGGUGGACCAGUUCAUUGUACUUUGUGUGCAAGUGCAGCGCUUCACGGAGGCCUUCCGUCAGCGGGACACACAGCAAAACGGAACAAUCACUAUAGGCUUUGAAGACUUUUUGACUGUGGCAAUCGGUUGCUCAUAUUAAACUUCGAGCGAAGCAACUGUUCCAAAGCAAUCCAAACUCUUGCACACGGCACAGCCUUCUAACACACAUUUCUUAUUCCGUUUACUGUGCAUUUUGUUUAAAUUUAUAUGGUGUUUGCUAGCUUAGAUAUUCAUCGUCCUCUCACAGUCAUGUUAUUGCAAUCUCCUGGUUCCAGAAUCACCUUUCAAAAGUAUUUGUUAUUACAGCUCGAUUAACACAUAGUACAAAGUGUCUUGCGCCUAAAAUAAAGUACAUAUAUUUAUAAAACGAAA